GGGGCCCGCCCCUCGCUAGGCGGCCAUCUUCCAAUUGUGCUCCCGGCCGCCGCCGCCGCCAGCAGCAGCCGCCGCAGCUCCGGCUCCUCCUCGCGCCCGCCCCCUCCCCGCCCACCGCCCUCCCACCCUCCUCCCUCCCUCCCUCCCGCACGGCAGCCGCGCUCGCCCAGCGGACGGGGUGUAAGUCAGCGACGUCGGCAGGAGCAUGGCCCGCACCAAGCAGACCGCCCGCAAGUCCACCGGCGGCAAGGCGCCCCGCAAGCAGCUGGCCACCAAGGCGGCGCGCAAGAGCGCGCCCUCUACCGGCGGGGUGAAGAAGCCGCACCGCUACAGGCCAGGUACUGUGGCUCUCCGUGAAAUCAGACGCUAUCAGAAGUCUACUGAACUUUUGAUCCGCAAACUUCCCUUCCAGCGUCUGGUGCGUGAAAUUGCUCAGGACUUCAAAACAGAUCUGCGCUUCCAGAGCGCUGCUAUCGGUGCUUUGCAGGAGGCAAGUGAAGCCUACUUGGUUGGCCUGUUUGAAGAUACCAACCUGUGUGCUAUCCAUGCCAAACGUGUCACAAUCAUGCCAAAAGAUAUCCAGCUAGCACGCCGCAUACGUGGAGAGCGUGCGUAAACUUCACCACGAUGGGUUUGUCAUUCUUGAAGCAAAAUAUUCUUCCUGUUAUUGGUAGUAAUGAACGUUAGAUAUUUUUUCCAUGGGGUUAAAAGGUACCUAAGUAUAUGGUUGCAAAUGGAAAAAUAGGGGACAGAAUUGGUAUUGGCAAGUUUUUUUCCAUUUUCAUUUGUGUGUGGAUUUUUAAUAUAAAUGAGGGGGCAUAAAACAUCAAUGCAGGCAAAAAAAAAAGUCUCAGUGAACAAGUUUCAACAAUUCAGCUUUAUAAAAAUUAUAAAUAAACCUGUCAAAUUUUUUCUGGACAAUGCCAGCAUUUGGAUUUUUUUUAAACAAGUAAAUUUCUUAUCAAUGGCAACUAAAUGGUGUUUGUAGCAUUUUUAUCAUACAGUAGAUUCCAUCCAUUCACUAUACUUUUCUAACUGAGUUGUCCUACAUGCAAAUACAUGUUUUUAAUGUUGUCUGUCUUCUGUGCUGUUCCUGUAAGUUUGCUAUUAAAAUACAUUAAAUGA